AUGAGAUUCUCACUCCCAGUCCUCGCACUUACUGCUGCGGCCAGCGUCUCAGCCGCCGACUUUUACGGUGUCUACUUCCCCACCAGUGAUUGCUCUGGGAAUAGCGAUGGUGUCAAUAUUUACCAUGACGGCACCUGUAACAACAAAGCUGUUUCCGGCUCCGGCUCUAUCCAACUCAUUGGCGCCAGCGCUUCUAUCGCUGGGUGGACUGGAGCAGACUGCACUGGUAGCAUCGUUAUCCGAGCUUCAGGAAACACCUGUGCGGCCCUGACCGGAACUGCCGUUGCCAGCUGGUCCACGGUUUAG